AUGGUCUUUGCAUUCUGGGGAGCAAACGAAUUUGAAGUCCGUGUUGUACCGGAAGAGGUUGUCUUUGAGCCUAUAAGCGAUUACACUAAAUAUAAAGAAAUGCUUAGUGAAACACCAUUCGCUGCGACUACUUGGAAUUUGACAUCAGGAAUUGCCGAUUCUUUCCUAAUCACAUGUUCGGAUGGUCAACCGCUUGAAGAUGACAUCUUACAAAAUAUAUUACGCAUUGGAAUCUGUAGUUUACCCUCAAAUACUACAUUAGAAUCAAUCAACAUCACCGUCGAAGCUAAACGUGGGGAUAAAAUUGGAAGGCCAGCAGCCAUUACUGUAUCAGUUAUCAAAAAUGAUGUCACGACUUCCACUGGUGAAAUUAGUAAGGCUUCGGACUGGACAACAGAAGCUUCGAACGGGUCAACAGCAUCAGAGGUCGUUCCAACAGAUGAUCCUGUUAAUAUAACACUGAUCGAAGAUGUUACAACGAAUACAACAACCAUAGUCGCCAAGAUGACGUCAAAUGCGCCACCAACUAGUGUGUAUACAGUGCUUUGUUCAGCAGGAGAUCCGUUCCCUAACGAGUUUGAGACUACUGAAACGACGACUGUAUAUUGUAUUGGUGUAGAAGCCGGACAAAGUGCUAAUUUGAGUGUUGAAGCGUUUUAUGGUAACUGGUCUGUAGGAUCUACGUGGAUAUCUAUUUCAACCG